AGGUGGACAAUCCUCAGCUUCAAGGGAACAAUCCAUCCAACAUGGCCGCAGGAUGGCUGCGUUUUGGCCUCUCCCUCUGCUGCUCUCCCAGCAUCUCUGGGCCUGUUUGGCCCUGACCCUCCCGGACGAGCCCCCGUCGGAGGGUAUUGACGCCGGCCUCGUCGGACCAUCUGUGGAUCCGCCCGGUGCUCUGAGGGUGUUCAGCUUGGACUACCACCACGUGCAAGCUCCCUUUGAGAUCGUGCUGUGGAUCAUGCUGGCCUCACUGGCCAAGCUGGGUUUCCACUGGUCCGGUCGAGUCCCAGCUGUUGUCCCAGAAAGUUGCGUCCUCAUCAUGGUGGGCCUGCUUGUGGGAGGGGUGAUCUACGGUGUCCGCCACUCUGCGCCCCCUACUCUGAGUGCCGACGCGUUCUUCCUCUUCCUGCUCCCGCCCAUCGUUCUAGAUGCAGGUUACUUCCUGCCUGGGAAGCUGUUCUUUGAAAACCUUGGUACCAUCCUCUGGUAUGCGGUGCUGGGAACCCUAUGGAACGUGCUGGGCAUUGGCCUGUCUCUGUACGGCGUUUGCCUGCUGGUUCCAGACUCUCUGGGCGACAUCUCUCUGCUCCACUGCCUGCUGUUUGGCUCGUUGAUCGCUGCCGUCGAUCCCGUGGCCGUGCUCUCCGUCUUCCAAGAGAUGCAUGUCAAUGAACAGCUGCACAUCUUGGUGUUUGGAGAGUCGCUGCUCAACGACGCCGUCACAGUGGUGCUCUACAAGCUCUUUGAGUCCUUUCUGCGGCUGCCUUCGGUGACUGGACUGGAUGUUCUGGUGGGAGGCUGCAGGCUGAUAGUGGUGGGUUUGGGAGGCUUCUUCGUGGGACUGUUCUUUGGCUUGGUGGCAGCUCUCACCUCACGGUUCACCUCCAGAGCCCAGGUCAUCGCUCCCCUCUUUGUCUUUUUGUAUUCCUACCUGUCCUACCUGACUUCAGAAAUGCUUCACUUCUCAGGAAUCAUGGCCAUUGUGACUUGCGCUGUGACCAUGAAACAGUACGUGGAGGCUAACGUGUCAGAGCGCAGCAACACCAGCAUCCAGUACUUCCUGAAGAUGUGGAGUAGCGUGAGUGAGACCUUGAUCUUUGUCUUCCUCGGUGUGUCCACCAUACAAGACAUCCACAUGUGGAGCUGGCCUUUUGUCUGCUCCACCCUGCUGCUCUGCCUCGUCUGGAGGGCCACAGGCGUUCUUCUGCUCACCGCUGUGGUGAACAAGCUUCGGAGGAACGCCGUGACCUUUAGAGACCAGUUCAUCAUCGCCUACGGUGGCCUCAGAGGAGCAAUCUGCUUUUCUCUGGUCUUCCUCAUUGAUGACUUCCCAAAGAAGAGGCUCUUCAUCACAACCACCAUUGUGGUCAUUCUCUUUACCGUCUUUGUGCAGGGGAUGACCAUCAAGCCUCUGGUGGAGCUGCUGGACGUGAAGAGGAAGAAGAGAGCUCUGCCUACAGUCAGCGAGGAGAUCCACAGCAGGCUCUUAGACCAUCUGCUGUCAGGAAUAGAAGAUGUGGUUGGCUACUGGGGGCAACAUUACUGGAAAGACAGGUUUGAGCAGCUCAACAAGAAGUACCUGCGGCGCUUCCUCAUCGGUGAGCAUCACCAGGCUCGCUCCAGCAUCCUGAGAGUCUACCAGGAGCUGGAGAGGAGGGAGCAGCAGGGGGACGAGGAGGCACUGCCGCCAGUGGACCCCCGCCCCGGCGGCCGUCCCCUCCUGCCGGAGGAAAUGGACAGCAUCAGGCGUAUUCUGUCCAGGAACCUUCAAAACUUUAACAAGAAGCAGACUCCAGCCUACAGCAGACAUACCUUGCACCAAGACGCCUCGGUGAAGACAGCCCUGCACAGACAUCGGAGCCUUCCGGAGAGACACACCUGUAGCAGAAGCACGCUCUGCCCACAGUGUCAGCAGGCGGAAGGAGAGUCCUCCAAGUCUUACAGAGGCAGAGCGCGACUCAGCAGAUCUCACACAGGUCAGGCAGAACGCUGA